GGAGAAAAGAUGCCAGCCAUCCUGGUGGCCUCAAAGAUGAAGUCAGGACUCCCCAAACCGGUGCACAGCGCCCGGCCCAUCCCGCAGACCCACAGCCGGCCGCCGGCUCCGGCUCCAGCUCUGCUCCCGGCGCCCAUCAAGGCCGCCGCCGCCUCAGGGUCGGAGGAGGGAGAAGACUCUCAGAUCUACACGGACUGGGCCAACCACUACCUCGCCAAGUCGGGACACAAGCGCCUGAUCAAGGACCUGCAGACGGACGUGGCGGACGGCGUGCUGCUGGCGGAGAUCAUUCAGGUCGUGGCCAACGAGAGGAUCGGCGACAUCAAUGGCUGUCCCAAGAGCCGCUCUCAGAUGAUUGAGAACAUCGACGCCUGCCUCAGUUUCCUGGCAGCCAAAGGAGUCAACAUCCAGGGACUGUCUUCAGAGGAGAUCCGGAAUGGUAAUCUGAAAGCCAUCCUCGGCCUCUUCUUCAGCUUGUCCCGCUACAAGCAGCAGCAGCAGCAGCAGCAUCAGCAGCAUCAGCAUCAUCAGCAGCAGCCUCACGGCCAGCGCCAGAAGUCCCAGCCGUCCCUCCCGCCCAGCGCCCGGACGCAGGGCUCGCACCCCCCCCUGAGCCAGCAGAGCAGCGCCCCGGCCCUGCUCGGCCACUCUACGCAUGGGCCUCCCGCCCUCGCGGCCCCGAAAGCAGCGCAGGCCGAGAUGCAGUCCAGGGAUGGCUCUCAGAGUAAACUGCUCAAGUUUUCCCUCGGCCAGAAAAAGACCUCUAGACUUCCCGGCCCCUCGGCGAGGGUGUCCACUGCCGGCGGGGACAUCCCUCCAAGAGGCUCGGUCAGCGCUGCCGGGAACAGACGCAGCCAGGGCUUCAGUGACAAGACCAAAGCCAACGCACACCUGAACAAAGAUUCCUCCGAGGCCAAGACGUCACAGCCUUCGGUGAUGACUGAGCACCCUCCUUCGUCUGCAGUGACCGUCGGCUCCUCCACCAGCAUCCCCGCCGCUACCUCCGCUCAGAUCCCUCCGCCGUCUUCGUCGUCCUCGUCCUCCUCCUCCACGGCCAUUCCCCAGCCCAACGGCAGCGGCAAGCCCUGGAGGAGCAAGUCAGUGAGCUCGAAGCACACCUCCCCUCCUCCCUCCUCCACCAGCUGCCCCGCCUCGGCCAUGAUGUCCGUCAAGCAGGAGAAGGACGCCUCCAGCAAGGCUGAGGCUCCCCCAAAGGUUGUCGCUCAGAGGUCAAUGCUGGAGAAGCUCAAGCUCUUCAACAGUAAAGGAGGCUCCAAAUCUUCCACAGCCUCCAACGGAGCGGGGGCCCAGACCGACGGCGCCGCCUUAGCCAGGCAGCUCGCGGCGGCGCAGGUGGAGAGGGCCGAGGCCGGCUCCAACACCGAGCCCCUGGAGGAGGAGGACGGCAACGCCCGGCCGGGGCCGAACGGCACCAGCAACGGGACGUCCCACUCGGCGGCUCCCCCGGCAGGAACGACUGUCUCCACCACCGCCAGCAGCCCCAAGAUCGCCCUCAGGGGCAUCGCCCAGCGCACUUUCAGCAGAGCUCUGACCGCCAAGAAGGGCUCUAUCAAGAGCACGGAGAAGGACAAGGACAAGGGGAAGGAGAAAGGGAAGGAGGCGGGGAAACGCAUCUCGGCCCCCGACCGGACGGAGCUCAGGGGGGACGAGCUCAAGGAGGAAGUAGCACCCGUUGCCGUAGACGCGGACGGCGCAAACAAAAGGACCUCUAAAAUCACCAGCUUCAUCCCCAAGGGCGGCAAGGCGGCCAAGAAGGAGAGUUCCACCCCUGCACACAGCGGAAUACCAAAGCCAGGAGGCAAAGUCCAGGGAGUCGGCGGGAAGGCCUCCUCAGCGAAGGAGGCAGGGGAGCGCCCCCGCAGCAUGCGACUAGCCAUGCACCGCGGCCCGCUGGACAGAGACCGGGACCGGGACAGCAGACACUCCAGCUCCACCUCCAGCCUGGCGUCCACAGAGGGAAAGACCAGCGCGGCGGGAGGAGGCACCACGCAGAGCACAGCCAGCAACACCAUCAGCGUGCAGCUACCUCAGACCCAACAGCACCACAGCCACCCCAACACGGCCACCGUCGCACCUUUCAUGUACAGAUCCCAAACAGACGGCGAGGAAACCGGGAACUCUUGCGGAGAUGGUUCCUUCACCAAGACCAGCCAGCUGUCCACCGAGGACCUUUCAGGCGAGGACCCGGAGACGAGGCGCUUGCGUACAGUCAAAAACAUAGCGGACCUGCGGCAAAACCUGGAGGAGACCAUGUCCAGCCUGCGAGGAACUCAGGUCACACACAGCACCUUGGAAACCACCUUCGAUGGCAGCGUCACCACAGACGUCAGCGGAGGGGGCAGCGGGGGCGGCGGCAGCAACAACAACAACUGCGGAGGCGGCCGGAGCAUCCUCAGCCUCACUUCCAGCCGCCCAUCCCUGUCGUCAUGGCGACUGGGCCACUCCAGCCCUCGCCUGCAGGCCGGCGACGCCCCGUCCAUGGGGAACAGCUACGGCGGCCGGGCGGCAGGCGGACCAGCGGGGCGCUACCUUUACCCGGGGCAUCUCCGGCGGCAGCUGGCCGGCAGGGGGGGCAGCGUGGACCUCGGGGACAGAGCUGGGGAGGACAUUGACCUGGACAACAUCGCAGUGGACGUCACCGGAUACAUGAGCGAUGGAGACGUGCUGAGCAAGAACGCCGCACGCGCCGAUGAUGUCGCCAGCGGCUACAUGACUGACGGCAGUUUGGGUCUGUACACUCGGCGCCUGAACCGGCUGCCCGACGGCAUGGCCUCCGUGAGAGAGACGCUGCAUCGGAACGCGUCGUCGGGGCAGGGAGACGCUGACAGCUGGGAUGACAGCAGCUCUGUGAGCAGCGGCAUCAGCGACAACAUCGACACAGAUGACAUCAACACCAGCUCCUCCAUCUCCUCCUACGCCAACACACCCGCGGCCCAGCGCAAGGGUCUCAACGCGCAGCCUGUGACAGAUGCAGAGAAGCACUCGGCCUCCGCUGUGGUGCACCAGGCCUGGUCGGGAGACGAGGUGAAGAGGCCGAACGGCGGGUCGGACAGCAGAGCCAGGAUGGAGUCGGGCUCCAAGUGGAGCCGCCGGAACCCCUCCGACAUCUCCGACGAGUCCGACAAGGGCGGCUCGGGGAGGAAGACCCCCUCCGUGUCCCACACGGGCUCCUGGAGGCGAGGCAUGAGCACUCAGGUGGGGGUGACGUCCCCCAGGACUAAAAGCACCAGCAGCACGGGCUCCACAAACUCCGGUGGCCUCAAGACCCACAGUUCAGGUAAGACGGAUGACGUCAAAGUGUCAGAAAAGGGUUGUCUCUCUGCUCGUCCCAACGGCCUUCACCGCUCGCCGUCGGACGCGGGGCGCAGCAGCGGCGACGAGGCGAAGAAGCAGACGACCCCCACCGGCCGCGCGUCGUCGUCAACGACGACGAGUGCCCUCGCGCACGCCGCCUCAGAGCCCCACCCGCAGACGCACUCGCACACCUCGCGCACCCCUACCAGCACCUUCGGCUUCAAGAAGCAGGGCCACGGGAUGGUGACCAUGGUCACUGCCAGCGGCGCCACCAUCACCAGCGGCUCGGCCACCCUGGGCAAGAUGCCCAAAUCCGGGGCGCGCCCGCUCGCGGUGGGGCUGAAAGCCGGCGGGCAGGACGGCGCGUCGAUGCUGGGUCACCACGACGACGGUUUCCUCCCCAUGAGCGCCCGCUCCACGCUGCAGUACCGCAGCCUGCCGAGGCCGAGCCGCGCGGGGGGGGCGGCCGCCCGCAGCGGGAACCGCUGCUCCACCAGCAGCAUCGAGGCCGCCGUGCUCUCCGUCACCACUCACGGGAAAAACCCAGUCGGCCUGACCAAGGCCAACGGCCCGGGGGGCCCGCUGGCCAAUCAGACGGACCGGGAGAAGGGCGUCUCUGAGGUGGACAACCUGAGGGGCGGAGCCGCGAUGCAGGGCGGAGGAGCAGCGACAGGAAGACAGCAGGUUUCUUCACCCACACUGCGCAGACUGUUUGGUGGGAAGCCCUGUAAACAGGCUCCGGUCACCACCAGUGAAAACAUGAAGAACUCCACUGUUAUCUCCAACCCCCACGCCACCAUGAACCACGUGGGCACGGUGCUGGAGUCCCCCGACGCAGGGCUGGGCGGCGUGGACAGCGAGACCAGCAGCCCGCUGUUUGGAGGCAGAGUGCAGGGAUUGGGGACGCUGGGCAGCGAGCAGGCCUCCAGUCCCGGCUCGGUCUACUCCUCCACCGGCCCCUCCAACAGCCUGACGUGGGGCACCACCUUCAGCAGCUCCUCCGCCCAGAGCAGGGAGAGCACGCUGGGCGGGCACGGCGGGGCGAGCAGCAUGGGGUACCCCUCCGUCAGCAGCAUGCACACCAGCAGCGAGUCCAUCGACAUGAGCCUGGGCAGCGGCUGCCACGCCGGCCACAAGGAGGACACCCUGUCGGCGCUGGGACGCGCCGGCAGCACCAAGGCCGGGAUGUCUGAGAGUCCCCUCUCCUCUCCCUCCGCUAGCCCUUUAUUCAGCCGAAACACGCUGCCUCGGAAGCAGGACAGCGGGCCACACUGUGGUAGAAACACUCUGCCUAAGAAAGGAUUCAGGUACGGCCCGUCCCCACAGAUGAGAAGCCACGAGGAGGCCCGUGACUGGCUGCGCUCCCACUCCACCAGCGGGCUGCAGGAAUCGGCCAGUAACUCCCCGUUCUCCCCCAGCUCCAGCAUCACCUCCCCCUCUGGCACCCGCUUCAACUUCGGACAGCUCGCAUCCAGCCCCACCUCGGCAGCUCAGAUCAACCUCACUGGCCUGCGCAAUAACAGCCUGACCAAUCAGGAAGUCCCCUUUGACCCCUGCAGCGACAACCGGCUGAGAAACUCCUGCAUGUCGCUGGACGAGAAGACUCGCACCAUGAGCCGAUCGGGCUCCUUCAGGGACGGCUUCGAGGAAGUUCAUGGGUCUUCCCUUUCUCUGGUCUCCAGCACUUCUUCCAUUUACUCCACGAACGAGGAGAAGUCUCAGUCGGAGAUCCGCAAACUGCGUCGGGAGCUGGACGCCUCCCAGGAAAAGGUUUCCGCCCUGACGACACAGCUGAGUGCCAAUGCUCACCUGGUGGCGGCGUUUGAACAGAGUCUGGGGAACAUGACCAUCCGGCUGAAGAGCCUCACCUUGACGGCGGAGCAGAAGGACUCUGAGCUCAACGAGUUGAGGAAGACCAUCGAGCUGCUGAAGAGGCAGAAUGCUGUGGCCCAGGCAGCCAUCAACGGGGUGAUUAACACACCUGAACUCACGCACAAAGGGGACAGGACAGCGGGCAGCAACGGCAGUCCGCAGCAGCAGCAGAACCAGCAGAACCAGCAGCCCGACCUGCGCAUCAGGAGGCAGCACUCCUCCGACAGCGUCAGCAGCGUCGCCAGCGCCACCAGCCACUCCAGCGUGGGCUCCAACAUGGACGCCGAUGCGAAAAACAAGAAGAAGAACAAGAAGAACUGGCUGCGGAGCUCCUUCAAACAAGCGUUCAGCAAGAAGAAAUCUCCCAAGUCGGCCUCCUCCCACUCCGACAUCGAGGAGAUGACGGACUCGUCGCUGCCGUCGUCCCCCAAGCUCCCCCACAACGGCACGGCGGGCAACAGCCACGCGCUGAGGAACACGCACUCCGGCUCGCUGUUGUCCGAGUGUCUGGACAGCGAGGCGGAGACGGUGAUGCAGCUGCGCAGCGAGCUCAGGGAGAAGGAGAUGAAGCUGACGGACAUUCGGCUGGAGGCCCUCAGCUCGGCUCACCAGCUGGACCAGCUCAGGGAGGCCAUGAACCGCAUGCAGGGGGAGAUCGAGAAGCUGAAGACGGAGAACGACCGCCUGAAGGUGGAGAAUCGGGGCAGCAAGAUGGGCUCCCAGGCCUCCGUCUCCUCGCCUCCUCCCCACCACACACAGAGCCAGGCUCAGGCCAGCGGGCCGGGUCUCUCGCAGCACAGCCUCAACCUCACCACCAGCGAGUCCACCAGCCUGGACAUGCUGCUGGACGACACCUGCGGAGACGGAGGGACGAGGAAGGAGGGGCGGCACGUGAAGAUGGUGGUCAGCCUGGGCGAGGACAGCAAGUGGGGAGAGGAGGGCCGGCCGCGUCACUUUCUCAUCGGUUGCAUCGGAGUGAGUGGUAAAACCAAGUGGGACGUCCUGGACGGAGUCGUCCGCCGCCUUUUCAAGGAGUACGUCACCCACGUGGACCCGGUGAACCAGCUGGGCCUGACCUCCGACAGCGUGGCAGGAUACCACAUCGGCGACAUCCACCGGCCCAGCGUCCCCAAGGCCGCCCACACGCCUGAGCUGCUGCCCUGCGGCUACCUGGUGGGAGACAGCGACACCAUCAACAUCCGGCUCAAAGGUGUGAGCGGUAUGAACGUGGACUCGCUGGUGUUCGACACGCUGAUCCCGAAGCCGAUGCUGCAGCGCUACGUCUCCCUGCUGAGGGAGCACCGGCGCGUCAUCCUGUCGGGCCCCAGCGGCACGGGGAAGACCUUCCUGGCCAAUCAGCUGUCUCGGCACCUGCUGCUGCUGGAGGGCCGACCUUUGACCCCGCAAGCUGUCGUCACUUUCAACGUGGACCACAAGUCCAGCAAGGAGUUGCGUCAGUACCUGUCGGGUUUGGCCGAGCAGUGCAGCGGCGUCCCGGGGGCGGACGGCCCCCUGGUGGUCAUUCUGGACAACCUGCACCACGUCAGCUCGCUGGGAGAGAUCUUCAACGGCGUCUUCAACUGCAACUACCAGAACUGCCCCUACAUCAUCGGCACCAUGAGCCAAGCCACGUCAUCGGCCCCCAACCUGCAGCUCCACCACAACUUCAGGUGGGUGCUGUGCGCCAACCACGUGGAGCCGGUGAAAGGCUUCCUCGGCCGCUACCUGAGGAGGAAGCUGAUCGAGACGGAGAUCGGCAGCCGGACGCGCAGCGCGGAGCUGGUGAGGAUCAUCGACUGGAUCCCGCGGGUCUGGCACCACCUCAACCGCUUCCUGGAGACGCACAGCUCCUCCGACGUCACCAUCGGUCCUCGCCUCUUCUUGUCCUGUCCCAUGGACGUGGAGGGAUCCAGGGUUUGGUUCACUGACCUGUGGAACUACUCCAUCAUCCCCUACAUGCUGGAGGCCGUGCGGGAGGGACUGCAGCUGUACGGCCGCAGGGCGGCGUGGGAGGAUCCCGCUGCCUGGGUUAUUGACACCUACCCGUGGUCGGCCACGUCCACUCCGGCCGACUGGCCGCCGCUGCUGCAGCUCCGCCCCGAGGACGUGGGCUUCGAUGGCUACUCGGCCCCGAGGGAAGGAGUCCGGAAAGAGCCCCCACAGAGCGACAGCGACGCAGACCCACUGAUGAACAUGCUGAUGCGCCUGAAGGAGGCGGCGACGUCAUCGAGCCCGCAGAGCUACGACAGCGACUCCAACAGCAACGGUCACCACGACGACCUGCUGGACACUUCGCUGGAGUCGACCUUGUGACGUCACACUGGGGGGGGGGGGGGGGUGUGGUUUUCGGAGGAGCGUUUUGGGAGAACUGUGGGAAUAUCCUCCCCAGGGUCAAAUGUCGCGACACAAAAUCCAGCCACCUUAAUUUGGGUGCAGGUAACCCAAAUAUUUAAAAAGCCAGAGAGAAAAAAAAAGGUUUCUACUGCACUGCGCUGUUUAUUUUUUAUUCUUUUUUUUUUUUAUUUUCACCGCUGUGGCCAGUGGCUCCUCUGAGCCGGACUUCUACUCCAGACAGACAGAAUAAAAGCACACCGCCAUCAUUCCCGUCCUCGGCACGUCGUCCUUUUCGACCCCCCCCUCCCAGCCCCCGCAAGCCCCCCGGCUGCGGUGGGCCCGAGCCGCCUGCAGGUGGCGGCAGAGACGCCGCGUCUCCUGAGCAUCAGUGAGCCGGACCUGCGAGCCGCUGGGAACCCGAUGCUGCUUCUGCUCGGAGGGACGAGCGGCACAGCAGCCCCCCCCGCUCUUCUUCCUCCUCUGUUGCUAAAAGCCGCUUUUUGUGGGAGGCGCAGGAAUAAAUCGAGGUGCAAAGUGAAUGUUGAGUGCCAAUGCACAGCCUUUCAAUCCCUCUAAAAACUUCUCCGAGGGAUUGUUCAUUAAUACAUCCCAAGCUCAUGUAACCAAUGUGAAUCAACAGAAGGUUCUGGAGAGCACAAAUUAAAAAAGCUCCAAUCAGAUACACAUCUUAGUGAUUUAGAGUCAAAACCUUGGAUGCAAACAGAGGAGAACGGGUGUUAAUAAAUGCAAAUCAUUAAUAUAAACGUGAGAAGAAGUUGGUCAACAUUGUGGCCCCAUUGUAUGAGCACCAGGACAAUUUGAAAGUCCAAAUGUUCUCGGCAUCAGAUGGCACCUCAGUGGUUACAUCCUGUCUGAGAAAGUGUUGUUCUACCAACAGUCCCUCGAGAGGAUACUAGUAACAUGUUGCAAAUAUAACAAACACUGCUGUAAACAAUGACACUAAACAUCUAAGACCUAUUUUCUAAAAACAAGACAAAUGAAGGAGAAAAUCUAGUUGACUAAAUCCCAGUUUCAGUAGGAAAAGGCACUCAGCGGAGGAAUAAACAUUCACCGUGGCUUGAUUUAUCCGUUGAACUUCACCGCGUUGGUCAUAACUUCCUUUGCCUUCCGUGUCGCAACUUUUAUGUGUGACUUCACACUUUUGACUACUUCACCGUCCUUGUAGAUCUCCAUGCGCAUCGGCCCCAACCGGCUGCUGUGGCACAAAUGUCUUUGGUGCUGGACUGAAUUCAAACAAUGCCUUACUCUUUUCUAACAGACUUUGUGCAUUAGCAGAUUUUUUUUGUUUUUUUUCUAUUUUGUCUAAAUGGCUGUAACGUAAAACAGGGCUCCGAGUCGACCCUCUCCUCGAAGCACGAGAAGCGGUACUUUGGCUUUCAAAUGGAGGCGAAUGCAUGCGUAACCCAGUGCUGUGACGGUGGCGUAAAGAUUGGGACCACUGGCUGGAAAUGAAUAAAUAUAUAAAUAUAUAUAUAUUGAUGUGUUUUUGGUGCUCGAAAUGCAAACGUUUUGCAGGUUGACUUGCGUGAGGGAGGUUGAAGACGAUGUGUUUGAUGUCAUACCUCAUCCCCAUCCUCUCACUGUGCUUUCGUCACGCUCAUAAUUCUGUUUUAUGUGAUUUGUGAUGAAAAAAAAAAAACUGUCCUAUCAAACAUGUUCAACUAAUUAAGUGAAAACUAGUGUAUAUGCUGCUUUGUUCAUAGUGAUAUAAUGAAUCGAGAGGUUAAAAUUAUAAAGGUACUUUGGUGGUUUGAAUGAUAUCGUAAAACAGUUUGACUUUAUUUCUGUGGCUUGAAAUGUAAAGAAUAUCGUACUUUUUGUUGUCUUUGAACCUCGGGCGCCGUGUCAUCCGGCUUUCGGCGUUUUUACUCACAGAUCCUAUGCAACAUUCAUCCUGACCUCCGACCGGGAGGUUUCAGCGCAGCCGAAGCUUCCAGCUCGUUGGCACUCCUCAGACCCUUUGUGCGCUUUGUGCACGUGUCUGCGUGGAUGUUUCGAGGGGCUCCUGCUGCGGUGCCUGCGAGCACAAAAAGGGACAGAUCCUCACUUUGUGUCCGGUAACGUCUGCUCUAAGAGGUGCGGAUGUUGUGAAAGCAUUUUGACCAGUCUGUCGGUUUAUUACUCACAAACUCAAUGAAUGUUAAGCCUUCUUUGUACAUUUUUUUUAUGUAACAUGACCCUGUAAAUAGUUAAUUAUCUGACAGCAUUUUGAUGACUUUUUCUAGCUGAUUUGUUACAGUACUUGAAAAGGAGUAUUUUGUGUACGGUCUCUUUACAUCAGGGGCAGAUUGAUGCAGUUCGUCAUCACGGCUCUGUCAAGGACUGACUGUACUAGUCUUAAGUUAUUGUGAUUCAAUAAAAUUUCUGAUUAUUUAU